GGCAAUGGGCUUCUCUGACGAGCUGAGUUUGGUCCUCAUCCAGGGUGACGCCAAGCCUUCAUGCAGCGGCUUCUUGAUCGCCGAUUUUCUUCCCUUAUCAACCCUAUCUGUGGAUUUCUUCACCAACAUCAACUUCCAAACGCUCAUCAACGUGUGUGAAGGGCAGAAGGCUCUCUACAACACGAGCUGUAACUGUGCCCAGCUCCCCUCCUCCUGUCGCGACAAUCGUUUCUCCGGCCUCGCCUCCUGCUCCGCCUACCUGCCCAAAAUCGCCAGCCGCACGGACUGUGUCUUCGGCAACGCCCCGGCCACAGUGACCGCCCCCGGCUCAAUUGUAGGACGUAAGCGAAGAUCGGAGUGGUAGAAAGAAGAGAGCAUCCAUCCAAUCGUCGACAAACGCAAGCCUUCCUCUUUGAUUUCAACCUCAGAAAAAUAAAGCCGUGGGUUCAUUUUA